AAACUAGGGCUAGUAAAGUAAAAAAGAAAGCUAUUUUAGCUGUAGUUAUUAAUGAAGAUCUAAACUUAAACAGUAAUGCUGAGUCAAUUAUAAUUUAUAAUAAAGAAAUUAAUGCUAGUAGCUCUAAUAAAUCUACUUCAACUAUGAGUAAUAAA